CUUCACUUGCACGCUAAGGGCAAUGAUGCCAUCUACUGGUGUUGACUUCAUUUUACGUUUGGUAUUUGCUUAGUUAGAGCUAGUAUUCCAUCCACUCAAGACCGUACAGUCGAUCCAGAAAAAGAUUGACAGAUCUGUUUGCGGAAGUUGCCUGCUGGAAAUUAACUAACUUGGAAACUUAAUGUGGACUAACAAGCAACUGUGCAGUCAGAUGAUGUGUCCACUUGAAGAGUCCUGCACCAUGAAGCAGCAGUAAGGGUAGACCGUGUCUGUGACACCGCCCCCGUCUUUUUCCCUCCCUGUGACUGAGCCACCAUGUCCUCUGUGAUGUUUCCACCUCGCUCACCACCUGGGAGCAGUGGCGGCGGUGACAUACCUGCAACUAGUGUGACGACCCAGUCCGCUGAGCAGGCUCUGUUUGCAUCGGACCGCUACGCCCGACUCAUCCUGGCCCAGAUGAACAAGAUGCGCCUCCGGACAGAUUUCUGUGAUGUAAGGCUGCGGCUGGGAGGCCGUGUGUUCAGUGUCCACAAGCUGGUUCUGGCUGCAAGCAGCCCCUACUUCUCCGCUCUUUUCUCUGGGGGGAUGAGCGAGGCAGACAAGGAAGAGGUCCAGAUCCUGGGGGUGGAGGCACCCGUGUUUGAGGUCCUGCUGGAGUUCAUAUACACAGGUAUGAUUAAUGUGACGGUGGAGAACAUGCAGGAGCUGAUGGUGGCAGCAGACAUGCUGCAGCUGAGUGAGGUGGUGUCUAUCUGUGGAGAGUUCCUCAAGGGCCACAUGGACCCGUCCAACUGUGUGGGGGUAUACCAGUUCCUUGAGCAGAUCGCCUGCAUGGACAUGCUGGCGUUCACUGAGAACUACAUCCAGGUCCACUUUCUGGAGGUGUGUGUGUCGGACGAGUUCUGGGGCCUGUCCAAGGGCCAGCUGGUGAAGCUGCUGCGGAGCGAGGAGUUGCGAAUCGAGGAUGAGUACCAGGUGUUCACGGCGGCCAUGGACUGGGUCCUACAGGACGUGACCAAGAGGAAGAAGCAUGUGGUGGAGGUGCUGGACCCAGUCAGGUUCCCCCUGCUCUCCCCACAGAGACUCUUCAAGUACAUCGAAGGCAUUUCUGACUUCAGCCUGCGGGUGGCGCUGCAGACACUGCUGAGGGAAUACACAGAGGUCAGCAAGUCUCCCAAAGAGAAUAAGAUGUACAGCCUGUUACAGCCAGCCAAGAUGAGGCCAAGGAGAAAGGCCAGGAAAUACCUCUAUGCCAUAGGAGGCUACACUAGGCUGCAGGGCGGCCGUUGGAGUGACAGCCGGGCCCUGAGCUGCGUGGAACGCUUUGACUCAUUCAGCCAGUACUGGACCACCGUGUCCUCCCUGCACCAGGCCCGUAGCGGGCUGGGAGUGGCUGUGCUGGAGGGCAUGAUCUAUGUCGUGGGAGGGGAGAAGGACUCCAUGAUAUUUGACUGCACAGAGAGAUACGACCCGGUGACUAAGCAGUGGGCAGCUGUGGCCUCUCUCAAUUUCCCUCGCUGUGGUGUCGGGGUCUGCCCCUGUCACGGGGCUCUCUACGCACUGGGUGGUUGGGUUGGAUCAGAGAUAGGGAAGACAAUGGAGCGCUACGACCCGACAGAGAAUAAGUGGGAGAUCAUUGGAAGCAUGGCAGUGCCUCGGUAUUACUUUGGAUGCUGCGAGUUACAGGGCUUCAUCUAUGUGAUCGGGGGGAUCAGUGAUGAGGGGAUGGAGCUGCGUUCUGCGGAGGUGUACGACCCCAUUUCCCGGCGCUGGAGUGCCCUGCCCGUCAUGGUGACCCGGCGGGCCUACGUGGGCGUGGCCUGCCUCAACAACUGCAUAUACGCUGUGGGGGGCUGGAACGAGGCACUGGGCUCCCUAGAGACAGUGGAGAAAUACUGUCCUGAAGAGGAGAAAUGGGUGGAGGUGGCCCCCAUGGCAGUGGCGAGGGCCGGGGUGUCCGUGUCAGCCGUUAACGGACUGCUGUACGCCGUGGGGGGACGGGCCUCCAGCAGAGACUUCUCGGCCCCCGUGACGGUGGACUCUGUGGAGAUUUACGACCCCCACCUGGACACCUGGACGGAGAUUGGCAACAUGAUCACCAGUCGCUGUGACGGGGGCGUGGCCGUGCUCUGAGAUUGAGCCCUAGUAGAACCAAGGGAGGUGGUUCGGUGAACCCGCAAAACCUGAUGAGUAGCCGUUUUCUUUUUUUUCUGGAACAAACGUCAUUCUCAGACGAGAAUACUGUUUUAUGUCUGGCACCGUGAGAUUACAUGACGAGUAACCUUGCCUGAGAUCUGGAUACUUGAGUUAGCUACAGAGCUAUAAAUGCCAAAAUGACUUUAGCUUAGGGGCAAUUCCAUGGUAUCAGAAGACUCAGAUUUUUCACUUUAAAAUGUAUGCCAAACAAAUCAAAUCCAAUUGUAUUUGUCACAUGCGCCAAAUACAACAGGUGUAGACCUUAGUGAAAUGCUUACUUACAAGCCCUUAACCAACAAUGCAGUUUUAAGAAAAUACCUAUAAAAAAAGUGAGAUAAGAAUAACAGAUAAUUAAAGAGCAGCAGUAAAUAACAAUAGCGGGGCUAUAUACAGGGCAUACCGGUACAGAGUCAAUGUACGGGGGCACCGAUGUCGAGGUAAUUGAGGUAAUAUGUACAUGUAGGGAGAGUUAUUAAAUUGACUAUGCAUAGAUAAUAACAGAGUAGCAGCAGCG